AUGUUGAGUCUAGCCGCCGUUGUGCUCCUUCUGUCCGUCAGUGAUUUCAGCUCUGUGAGUGCACAAUCUAGCAGACCGCAGCUGGGAUACUUCACUUUCCUCCGGUACCGCAACCAGGAAUGCGAGGGCAAACUCGGUCAGAACGGAACUUGUGUGACGCAGGCGGACUGCGAUGCCAAACAAGGAACUGAUGUCGGCUCGUGUGCCGAAGGUUACGGAGUUUGCUGCAGAGUCUCCUUCACUUGCAAAAUGACGAACAAGAAGAACGAAACCGAAUUUUUGAAUCCAUCACAUCCCGCGGGAGAAACAGGAACGUCGACGUGCGAUGUCACCCUGGAGAAAACUCCGGACAUUUGUCAGAUUCGUCUCGACUUUAUCGAAUUCUCUCUCGCUCAACCCGACGAGAAGGGGGUUUGUUCGAGAGACGCCUUCAUGGUGCGGAACACUGUCGGAGAGAAAUUGCCCAUUCUCUGUGGAGAGAACAGCGGACAACACGUUUAUGUUGACGUUGGACGUCAAUCUGGGAAUCCCGUGGUCCUCAGUGUCGUGUCGACCGGGGCCUUGAGCCACAGCAGGAAGUGGCGGAUCAAGGUUUCGAUGAUCCCUUGCGGGAGCCUGGACAUCGUUCCGCCCGGCUGUCUUCAGUACUUCCGUUCGCCGUCAUCGAUUGUUCGCUCUUUCAAUUUCGGAAAGUCGACCGGAACCUCGGUGCGAUAUUUCAGCAGCACUCGCUACUCUAUUUGCCUUAGGGUCGAGGAGAACUUCUGCUCUAUCAAAUGGGAAACUGAGACCAAUAACUCGUUCAGCUUCGGAAGACCUUACGACAGCGGAACUUCUGGCGCCGAUUGCGAGGACGAUUUCGUCACCAUAGAUCAAGGUUCCACUUACGGCAUGGGACCAGGAGAAGAUCGUUUCUGCGGGAAUCGACUCCACGAGAAGAACGUCCUCAUUUCCCACAGUAAGCCGUUCAUUAUGCGUGUGACAUCGAAUUCGGACGCCCUCGGAAACUCGAUGGAAGGUCAGGCCGGAUUUUCGCUACGCUAUACUCAGCUGCCCUGCGUGGACUGA